AUGUUCACCGCCGCUGCUUUCUGGCCCCAGGCUGUCUCUGCCCAGCCAGAAUCUCCAAAAGGGGGGCACGGGCGUGGUACCCGACCCGGUGUCCUGGGCGGGGUCCUCCCACACCGGGCCGCCCCUGGGUCUCCAGCCCGCUCGCUCCCCGCGUCCUCCCCCGCCCUCCGGUGCUGGUACCAAACGCCUCCAAGGGCCCGACCCCGGGGGCCGGAUCACCGCCUCCCCACCACACCCGACCGCGGCCGCAGGGCCGCCGGCUCCCGGUACGGCCGGGGAGGGGGCGGAAGGGCUGCCCGUCGGGCGGCUCUCGCGGAGGCCGAAGUCUGCGUCUGCGAGUGGGUUUCGAGGAAGGUCACCCAGGCGCCCCGGGAGGACGACGGCGCUGCGGCCCUCACGGUCCCGAGAGCCGGCGGCAGGGGCCGGGGCCCGGUGCGCGGCCGCGGGUGCCCAGGAGAGCGACCUGGCCCAGCCGCCUCAGUGCCCGGCGCUUCCGUCGGCCAGCAACCGCAUCCUCACAGCGCCCCGUGACGCGCGGAGCGCCCAGGAGCAGGCCCGCGGCACUCGGGCGGCCUGCGUCACCGGCCGCCGAUGAGAAGAGUCGCUCAGCCUCGCGCCCUGUCCCGGGGCCCUCGGCCGCAGGCGGGGCCGCGCCGCGGAGCCCCCCGCCCAGCCCCAGGCCUCAGUGCGCCGGCGCGGAGCCUCCCGCCCGGAGCCACAGCUCCCGUAGCGCUCACUGCGCCUGCGCAGCCUCCGCGGCCCGCCCCCGCCGGGAGGGGCCCAAGCGCGGGGGCGGGGCUCGCUGGCUCGCGGCUGCGCGGUGCGGAGCUCUCCGCUUCAGUUCGCCGGGCAGGCGCGGCGGCGGGGCCGGCGCGAUGCGGCGCUACCUGCGCCUGGCGAUGCUGUGCCUGGCCUGCGGCUUCUGCUCGCUCCUCUACGCCUUCAGCCAGCUCGCCGUGUCCCCGGAGGGUGGAGCGGGCGGCGGUGGCGGGAAGCCGCAGGCCGCAGCGGCUUCCUGGCUCGCGGCCGACGGACGCGGCGCCGCGAGAGGGGCGGGCAGCGCGGGCCCCGCGGCGCAUCCCGGCCGGUCGGACAGGUGUAAGGAUUUCUCUCUGUGUUACUGGAAUCCCUAUUGGAUGCUGCCCUCUGAUGUUUGUGGAAUGAACUGCUUUUGGGAAGCGGCCUUUAGGUAUAGACUGAAAGUACAGCCCGUUGAGAGAAUGCACCUCGCUGUGGUCGCCUGUGGGGAAAGACUGGAAGAGACUGUAACCAUGCUGAAGUCAGCUGUCAUUUUCAGCAUCAAACCUCUUUGGUUCCAUAUUUUUGCUGAAGAUCAACUGCAUGAUAGUUUCAAAGGCAUACUUGACAGCUGGUCAUUUCUGCAGACAUUCAAUUAUUCAUUAUACCCAAUAACGUUUCCAAGUGAGAAUGCAGCAGAGUGGAAAAAGCUCUUUAAACCAUGUGCUUCCCAGAGAUUAUUCUUGCCAUUAAUCCUCAAAGAAGUUGACUCACUAUUGUAUGUCGACACUGAUAUCCUUUUUUUACGGCCUGUUGAUGAUAUUUGGUCUUUACUAAAGAAAUUUAAUUCCACACAAAUUGCUGCAAUGGCACCAGAACACGAGGAGCCUCGAAUAGGGUGGUACAACCGUUUCGCCAGGCACCCGUAUUACGGGAAAACGGGCGUGAACUCCGGGGUCAUGCUGAUGAACGUGACGAGGAUGAGAAGGAAGCAUUUCAAGAACGAUAUGACGGCUGUACGCUUGCGCUGGGGAGAUAUACUUAUGCCGUUGCUUAAAAAAUACAAGCUAAACAUCACAUGGGGUGAUCAAGAUCUAUUGAAUAUCAUAUUUUUUCAUAAUCCAGAAAGCCUGUUUGUUUUUCCGUGUCAGUGGAAUUAUCGGCCAGACCAUUGUCUGUACGGAAGCAACUGCCCAGAAGCAGAAGAAGAAGGGAUCUUCAUUCUCCACGGGAACAGAGGUGUUUACCAUGAUGACAAGCAACCAGCCUUUAGAGCUAUGUAUGAGGCGCUGAGAAACUGUUCUUUUGAAGAUGACAACAUCCAUUCCUUAUUAAAGCCUUUAGAACUGGAACUGCAAAAGACAGUGCAUACAUACUGUGGAAAAAUUUACAAAAUAUUUAUCAAACAACUAACAAAAAGUGUAAGAGACCGUUACAACAGAACACCAAAGAAAGGCGGUUCGUGGUGACUGCCGAGUCCAAUGCAUUACAACGAAGUAUCAGAGGAUAUGUAUGAAGGAAUCGUCCUGCAUGAAGUGUCUAGGAGGAAGUAUUCGUCCUGAGAAUGAUUUUUUCCCCGAAGAAGUUACAUUAGCAGUAUAUUCAUGUAAUGAAGGAUAAGUUCAGGUCUGGGAUGCCAGCAAGACGUUUUUGAUCUCUGAUGUUUUGUAGCAUUGUUUGUUGUCAUUCCAGUAUUGAUGAAAAUGUUGAAUGGUUGUAGCCUACACUCUUAUUCUCAAGUGGGUAAGAACAGUAGGGGUGUAUGGUGGAGAAACUGUACCUCAUACACAGGUGGAAACACUCAAACUGUGAGUAUAGCAAUAAUUUUAUGUCAGCACUAACCUCACUUUAAACAUAUGAGAAAAAAAAAGUCGUUUACAGGAGCAGAAAGGUUCUGUUUCUAAAGAAAUGUGAUGUAACUGAUCUAAACAUUGACAAUCUGUGUGUGCCUUUUACAUUUCAUCUCUGUUUUAAAACAUUUUUGUGACAAUCAUGUUUAAAAUUAUUUUUAGAUUAUAAGUAAGUUGCACGUUUAAAACUGAGCUGUAUAAAAAAGAGGAAAAACAGUGAACAUUUUGGAGUUUUAGUCUAUGUGUAUGUUUGUGAAAUGUGUUUUCAUGUGUUUAUGCUAAACUGUCUUGCCAAGACUCUUAUCUAAGAUUGUUAAACAGGUAUUUUGGGAAAUGUUCUUAUCACUUUAAAUGAAAAUUUUCAGCUUUACUGGGCAUUCUGGAAGCAAAAAAAAAGCUGGUAAUAAAGCAAGAAUCUAAAUAGUGUACUUAAAUGAUGGUGAAAAAUGUGAUGGACCGAAAUGCAUAAGCUGUGCACUUCCUGUGAACAGUGAUUUUAUUUUAGUUAUAAUGGAGCAGAAGAAAGUGGUCCAUUUAAACUUUUCUUCUACCUCAAGUGGCUUUGCAAGAUAUUUUUGAAGAAGCAAACAUAUAGAGCCUUACUUUAAAUUAGCGACUCAUGGGAUUUGGAUUAAAAAGAUUGUUGUAUCUGACUGUAGGAAAAGUAGUUUGGAUUGGUUUAAUGUGCAUAUCUUCCUGUGUUGAGCAUCAGUCAAGACAGUUGUCUUUUUAAAGUCUUGAAGAUAAGAAAAGUUUUACUUCUCUUAGUGUUCUUGACUGCUUUCUAAUGUAAUUACAGACUGAGUAUUUAGCAUGCUCUGGGCUGGAGCACAUAUCUCAUUUUUACCAAGUGCUAUAUUUUUCUUCUUUUGGUAUCUUAAUGUUUAAAUAGAGGGGAAAAUCAUGAAGGAAAAAGUGUCACUUACGUGGAAACAGUGGCAUUGACUUUAUGAAGACACAGUACCCUCUGUGGAGACAUGGGCUCUGCAAACGGGGAGGUCAGUGUGGUUGUCUGUGAUGUUUGCAGGCCCGUCCGGGACACAGAGGGAGAAGAACGUGUAAGAAAGGCCAGUUAGAAGUUGAUAACCAGCCUUGCGCUUUUAGAACAGGUGCAUAUAGAGACACAAUCCAUAUGUCCUUGGCAGGGUUCCAUGUGAAUAAAGAAACUUGUGAACUGUGGUAAAAUAGAGUUUGCUGAAUAGAAAAUGAGAAUCCUAAACUUCCAAAGUCUGGUGGGUUUAUGUACGAUCAUUUCUAGCGGCCCCCCGAAUUGUCACCUGCCUGGUUAUGUAAAGACUCCAGUGGGGAGCUCGUGGAAAAUAGACCCUUGGGCGUCACCUGUGGGCACUGGGUUAGGGCUGCCAACGGUUUUUAAUGAAGAGGUUUAGGAAGUUAUGCACAAGAGAGAAUAUUCUGAUGGUGCCCAUUGUGCAGACCAGCUGCUCACCAGCGUUUCGUCGUAUUUGUGUUGUCUCCCCUUCCUUUGGUGCCUUAAUGUUGUGAACGCUUUGGGAAGCACAGCAGCAUUGCACCACCUGUGGCUUCAAUUAGUAUCAGCCUUUAGGCAAAUUCCCCAGAUCCUCUCCAGUGUCAAGGGUAAAAAUACGUCAAAUUAUGACUUAUUUUUGAUAAGCACCUCAGAUGAUUUCAUGUCAGCUAGUACCAUUUGGGAACCAUUGGAAACCAUUUCUUCAGCUUGAAGGUUGAGUUAGGAUAGCACAGUUCUUGGCACACUUGGUGAAUUAUAAAUGUUCUGAAAUAUCAGAGGAAGUUCUUGGGGUUAUUGACAAGAUGUGAAUUUAUAUUAUUAGUAAGUUCCUUGGGUUGAAUUUCCUCAGUAAACAGACACUGUCAGCCCCCUGGGCUCUGAUGUGAUUGACUGGGACUGUGUGGAGCGUGGUCGCCGUCUGGGCCACGGCACUGGCUGCUGUGGCCUCACACGUGGGCUGCAUUCACACUGUCUCACUCUCCACAUGGGCAUCAGUUGGAAAGUUCUUCAUCUGGUUCAGCAAGACCUGAGCUAACUGGGCAUUUUACCAGGAAUUGGGUUAUGUGGUGGAAACUCUCCACUUAGGAACUAUUUUUACCUCAAAUUCAGGUUAUCUCAGAAAGUCCAUAACCAUAUUAACAUGAGUCUUCUGAAUUUGUCUUUUAAUAAGGUAACUUUUUCCUUGAGAUUUCUCAAGAAAUGCUGUUCUCAGCAUUAAUGAGGUUAUAGAACAAUUUAGAGAACAUAUUAUAUGUCUUUUCAUAAAACAGUGUAUCUAUGCAGUUUAUAUAAAUUACAUUAUAUAUUCUUUGAAUCUAUGUGUUAGAACAAUUCUGACCUCAGAACUGUUUCUGGGCUACAAUAUUACCAAAGUGGAUUGAUUUUAAAGUGUAGCCAAACUUCACCUGUAAGAUGUAGCCAUUUUAAAAGAACUUGGAAAACCUUUAGAAAGUACAUGUUAUAGUUUAUAUUUUAAGACAAGACAUACUCUCUUUCCCUUAGGAAGAGUAGUCCAUAAUGUGUAGGGUCACUCGGGCACCCAGAGCCUGAAACAGUAUUCCCACCUGCUCAUUGCUCACUCAUCUUGCGUCUAGGCAUAUUUUUGGUGUAAUGCAAAGAAAACCAGACUGUGAACUAGAUCUGGAUUCUCUCUUCCUUGGGGACCCCAGGCAUAUCGUUGACCCUCCUCUGUGCCUUAGGUUUAGAAGCAAUCACUAUGCCUUGUGACCUCCGGGGACUCAGAAGUCAUGAGUCACGGAGGCAAGAGAUUCAGAAGAGGCUGUGGAUCCGAGAGCACUGCGCGUGGCUGGCCUCCCGCCACCCCGGUGUCACUGCUCAAGUUCUGUGUCCCCUGUCGUCCCCUGGAAGCUCUUGCUGCCGCUUCUGGGUGAACGUUUUCUGGCAUGUAUUCUGUCUCCAGUAUGAACUGGCUUACAGUAUGUGAGGAAGAGUUUUUAAGGAAGAGAAAGCAGAGAAGAAUGUUGUACAUGAAUGAUCAAAAAAAGAAGGAGAAGAGAGGAAGUGAAGAAGUGAGGAAAGAGGAGAGUCAGAGUGGGAAUGGCAAGGGGCAGAGUGCGAGGGAGGACGGGGCAGCGGGCAGCUGGAGGGGCAGCGGUGGGGAGGUGGCGGGGAGGCAGUCGCCCCCGGGGCGGCCCCGUCCUGAGCCCCCGCCCGCCUGCCUCCCUGUGCCGGGGCCGGAGGGGUGCUGGCUUCCACGGGAGGGGGCGGCAGGGCAGCCGUGGGUUUGUUCGUAUCAGAGUCGCUUCUCAGCCCCUCUGCUGACUGUCGCUCAGUGCAAAUGAUUCAAAAUUCUAUAUAUAUAUAUAUUUUUUUACUGGAUCUCAAUUUGUGGGCUAAGACCUGUGGACACAAUGAUAACGAUCUCCCUUUGAAUGUUAUCCUUUCUGUCAUCGCAGGUAUGGCUGAUACGAAGCUCAACCACAGAUUCACCGGGAGGGUUGAGGCGGGGGUCGGGGGAACCUCAUGAGGGGCCCCGGGAUACGCUGCAGCCGUUUCCCCGGGCGACGCUGAUAGGAAGCCAGCUUUGGGGUCUCCGCUCUGCCUUGAGCAGCAGCGUCCACCGUGAGUCACGCCACUGACCCCUCAGCCGGCACACUUCAAGCUGACGCUUGUGAGCGGGUUCCAGAGAACAGGGGCAGCAGAAAUCCAUUAAAGGGAACACCCUGAAAGUGGUAUUCGGUGUUUGCUUUUUCAGAAGUUUAAAUUGUGAGUAAUAAGUACCUUAGUCGUAACCAGAACCUCUUCUUUGCAGUGUUUAUAGAAAGACCACUCAUCUGUUGUUUUUUUUAGAAUAGCAUUUAGUUUCUUAGAGCAUAUAGGGAAGAAAAGUAGGGGUGCAAUAUGUCAAGUGUGGGGCCAGUUAUUGUUUACUAAAUGUGAUCUUAAGUGUCUUUAAACAACAAUUGCCUUAUUGCAUUUUAAUAUUUAAUAAAAGUCGAUUAAAUGACAAUUUUUACUGUAAUAGUUAUCCUUUUAUACACUGCCAAAGCAACCUUUUUUUGCCUAUUAAAGUUUGGCUAAACUGUUCUGAUGUUUGUGGUUAUUCAUUGGUUGAAAUUAAAUUUUAAAAAUUAAGUUAUGUGAAUUUAAGACAAGUCUAAAAGGUGGUACAACAGUGUUCUUUUUUAAAAAACUAAAAAUGAUUCUGAUGUUAAUUCAAAUAUCUAGCAAUUAACAGAAUCAUGAGAACAUGGAAAUAGCAUAUUGAAUUCGGCAAUUUAGAACUGAUUACAAAUCAAAGUCUAAUUUACUUUUAAAUGGAAAAUAUGUAUUGUUACUUAAUCUCCACCAGUAAUUUCAAAUGUCUAAUGGGAUUAUUUCUUUAGAAUUUGCUAUAAACUCAGUUCUUCAGCAAAAGAGAGCCUUUGAAAAGAUGAAAAAAUUUUCUCUCCCUGCUAAUCAUAUGAGUGCUUUUUGGAGGGUCUGUGGUCAUUUUAAUAUCAAACUUAAGAACUGAUGUGGAGCCUUUGGUUAUAUUUAGUUUAUAUAUACAGUCUGAAUUUGUGACCAUUAUUGACACACACAACUUGUAAAAACUGAAGAGAACACAAGUAUAUAUUCCAUUUGAAAAGUAAAUUGACUUGACUGUGGUGGAAAGCAGCUGUUUUCAACCUUUGUAUAAAAUUUCUUCAGGGAAUAUUGGAAUGUUGUGCAGAAAUAAUUCAGGGCUUGUAGAAUAGUGGAAUAUGUCAUCCAUUCAAAACAGCACUGCCGUCAGUAUUUGAGAGCUGGACUGGUGGGUUUUGAUGGAUCUGUAACAGAAGAUCUAUGAAGGGAAUGGUUUGCCCCUGUUCCUGAAGUCAGACACUAGAAAAGGUUGCAGAUACUUUUAAUUUUCACAAGCAUUUUGCAUAAAUAUAUUGAUAUUUUUAGUGUAAUGGUUCUAAUGCUCAGGAAGCCAUCUUGAUGUACUGUGAUAUUUAGAGAUUGCUACCCUUAAACUGCUUUUUACCUUAAAAUCUGGUCUUAGGAUAAUUUGGAUAUCUUCCUCCAAGUAUUUUGUGUAUCUUGACAUUUAUUAAGGGGAGGGGGAUGUAAGAUUAUAGAUUUGGAUGUAACCUGAGAAUAAUGGAAAGUUACUUUGUUGUGUUUUGGGGGAAUUGAACUCAUCUUCUUCUUGAGAAAUGUUGCUGUUACUGAAUAAAUAUCUACUCAAUAAAUGUUUAGUUUAUUCAAA